AGUGCAGGACAGGAUCUGCUGUGCAUAGCCUAGGGUAUCAUAACCAUUAUGUGCAGGUGAGGUCACUGCUUGUGGUCCUAUGAGAGAUCAUUGCACAUAAUGUCCACAGGAUCUCUGAGUGACCAUGAGGACCUCCUGGAGCUGAGAGUGCUGGAACUUCAGUAUUCCAAAUCCAAGAGGACGGGAUGCAGUGAUCUGCUGCUGGACCACUCUACAGACAACUCUGAAGAAGAUGGAGCUGCAGAUACCUCCACUGAUAAAAAAAAGAGGACCUGUCGCAGUCAGCAGAUUCCAGACAAGAAGUCAGCACCCAGGUCAUCCAAAGAUUGCAAGCAAUCCCAGAGAAAUGCAGCCAAUGCCAGGGAAAGAGCCCGCAUGAGAGUGCUGAGCAAAGCUUUUUCCAGGCUAAAGACCAGCUUGCCCUGGGUACCCCCUGACACCAAACUCUCCAAGCUGGACACCCUGAGACUGGCCUCCAGCUACAUUGGACACCUCAGGCAGCUGCUGCAGGAAGACAGAUAUGACAAUAGCUAUGUGCACCCUGUCAACCUGACGUGGCCAUUUGUGAUGCCAGGAAGAUUGGAAUGUGAUGCCAAAGAACCUAUACUAUCCACUAGAUUAUUGGGGGCCACAGCUUAGGAUACCAUAUGUGCUGCAAUAUGUGUAUUGCUUCAAGAUAUUACUGACUUAUGACAACAAAGGUGCCCAGGACCAUCACUGGACUUUUUAACUUCUAAUAUUCCACUAAAAUGCACUUCCUUAUAAGCAAUUUUUAUUUUUUUUUAUUAAACUGGAUUUGAUUAUAAUUGCACUCCAUUCAAGUGCCUUAACACAUAACCACUGUAAUGAAUGAAGUAUUAGUAUUGUUUUUCCAAGCAGUGUGAUAGCCAUGACAAAGAUAGUAGAUUUAUAAUAUAUUUUUUAGGGGUUGUCUAAAUAUGUAUUACUUUAAGUAUGAUGUCUGUGAUGUCCUACAGCAUUUUAUCUUUGAGUUGUUCUUUAACCAGAACAAUGCAGAGACAUUUGUACAGCAUAGGAAAUGUUAUAUUUUGUAAUAAAUCAAAUGAUCGUAAAGUGCCGGAUAUAAAAUUCUGGUGAAACAAAUACAUUGUGCCAAGGACUGUUUACUGACAUGUCGGUAUAUCUGAAAAAGGGAUAAUCGUUUUAAAACUGGAGCUUUAAUUUAGCUUAAUUUUUAAGAAGUAGUACUUUUUUAAGUGUGCUUAUUAUAACUCAACAGCAUUGGAUUAGCAGCUGCCUAUGUUAUUGCGUAAAACACAGAGGACUUUCAAUUUUCUUUGUGAAGGAAAUAAAUAAAAGAGCUUUACUAGCUA